UAAUAAAGAUAUUAUCCGUGAUCAAAACUUGAUCAAACUAAGUAUUUGUUCCAGAAACCUCAAACAAAAGCAUAUUUCCCUUUUCUUUUUCCUUUUUUUCUGUAUUUUGACGAAGUUUGAGUGCUCUGAUUAGAAAUGGCGUGACUUAGCGUGACCAUGACAACAAGGCUGCCGGCAGAUUCAAAAUAAAAUGGAGGACCAGCRCCRAACUUUACUUUUACAUGCAAUAAAACGAUCCAGAACACGUAGAGAACUUCUUUCUCGUUCUAUAUUUGGCAUCACUUCAUAUAGACGUCGUCAACUGAUGAGCUUGUGGCUUUCUUUGCUUCUGAUCUGUGGAAAUAGGGCRAAUUUAGCAACUUCCGCCAGAUUUCGAUCAUGUCGUAGAUUGAAACGUAAUACCGGUUGGUGGGAAGUAGUCCAAAGUUACUCAGCUUCAAGAUUCAAGAAAACCUUCAGAGUAUCCAAACGAACAUUCAAUUACAUCCUUCAACAUAUUCGACACAGACUUGUAAGACAAACAACUAGUGAAGACCCGAUUAGCCCCGAAGAAAGACUCRCCAUUUGUUUAUAUCGAUUAGCGAGGGGAGACUACUAUUUCACGAUCUCUGAAAUGGUUGGAGUUGGCCUGUCUACUGUCAGCACAAUUGUUCAUGAAGUCUGUCAAGCAAUUGUGGAGGAAAUGUGGGAACCUGCUGUCUCCAAACACAUGCCAAAAACAGAGAAUUAUGACUUUCGAGAGAAAAUGCUAGACACUGAAGAGAGUUGGCAAUUCCCAUGUUGUUGGGGAGCAAUAGAUGGCUGCCACAUUCCCAUGAAAUGUCCUUGUGGCGGAUUGGAGGCGGCCAAGGAAUAUCAUAACUUUAAGAACUUCUACAGUGUUGUAUUGAUGGGACUUGUUGAUGCCAAGUAUCGYUUUAUAUGGGCUUCCUGUGGCUAUCCAGGUAACAAUCAUGACUCUAUCAUUUUCCAGUCCACCAACUUAUGGCAAAAUAUUCAAUCUGAAGCUSUUAUACCUGAUAUUGCCAAGAAUGUGGGUGAUGUACCUGUGCCUCCUCUUAUUAUUGGAGAUUCAGCAUUUCCAUUCUGCACUUGGCUAAUGAAACCAUAUGGGAACUCAGUGCUCAACYGUAAACAAAGUUAUUUCAACUACCGCUUGAGUAGAGCUCGUAUGGUGACAGAGGGAGCAUAUGGGCAGCUUAAAGGUAGAUGGCGGGUACUUUUAAGAAAAUGUGAGAGUAGCCGGGACGAAGUCAGAUUGUCAACRUUGGCCUGUGUGGUAUUGCAUAAUGUUUGCAUUGAAAAAGGGGACUCUAUGUCAAAGAACCUGGAUCUCUCAGUGGAUCCAGUCACUCAAGAAAGAAGGAAUCGCACAGAAAUCCGCCAGCUGCUUCAAAUGAGGAAUUGUGAAAAAAUCAAGAACACUUCUGCUGAAGCACAAAAGAUCCAAGAUGCACUUUGUUCAAAACUGUGGACAGAGAAAGAGACUGGUAUUGUAUGUUAAUUUAUAUAGCAAUUUUCAUCAAACUGUGAAACAAUAGGCGAUUUGCAUUAUGGCGUCAUUUACUACAACUACCAGAAUGCUUUGCCCACUUUCUUUUGUAAUGCAAUU